GGAGCCAGGCAACAGGGCAGGCAAGCUCCUCUCGGGAUCUGGCCGACGUGGAGAGGGAGGACCCAGAUCCCCAUUACUCUAGAUCGCUGUGCCCAGCCGUCCCUUCUCGCCAUGUCCCACAGCAGGCAUCGCACCGAGGCCCCGCCGCUGGAGCGCGAGGACAGCGGGACCUUCAGUUUGGGCAAGAUGAUAACAGCCAAGCCUGGGAAAACACCCAUUCAGGUAUUGCACGAAUACGGCAUGAAGACCAAGAACAUCCCAGUUUAUGAAUGUGAAAGAUCCGAUGUGCAAAUACACGUGCCCACUUUCACCUUCAGAGUAACCGUUGGUGACAUAACUUGCACAGGUGAAGGGACCAGUAAGAAGCUGGCGAAGCACAGAGCUGCAGAGGCCGCCAUCAACAUUUUGAAAGCCAACGCAAGUAUCUGUUUUGCAGUUCCUGACCCCUUAAUGCCUGAUCCAUCCAAACAGCCAAAGAACCAGCUGAAUCCAAUCGGCUCAUUACAGGAACUGGCUAUUCACCACGGCUGGCGACUUCCUGAAUAUACCCUUUCCCAGGAAGGAGGCCCUGCUCAUAAGAGAGAAUACACCACUAUUUGCCGGCUAGAGUCAUUCAUGGAAACAGGAAAGGGAGCAUCCAAAAAACAAGCCAAGAGAAAUGCUGCUGAGAAAUUUCUUGCCAAAUUUAGUAAUAUUUCUCCAGAGAACCACAUUUCUCUAACGAAUAUGGUCGGACAUUCCCUAGGAUGUACUUGGCAUUCAUUGAGGAAUUCCCCUGGAGAAAAGAUCAACUUACUAAAAAGAAGCCUUCUCAGUCUCCCAAACACAGACUACAUCCAGCUUCUGAGUGAGAUUGCCAAGGAGCAAGGCUUUACCAUAACGUAUCUGGACAUAGAGGAACUGAGUGCCAACGGACAGUAUCAGUGUCUCGCAGAACUGUCCACCAGUCCAAUCACCGUGUGUCAUGGCUCAGGCAUCUCCUGCAGCAAUGCACAGAGCGACGCCGCGCACAAUGCUCUGCAGUAUUUAAAGAUAAUAGCAGAAAGGAAGUAGGAGCGGGCAGCUGAGCUCUGCAGCUGAGCUCUGCAGCCGCGCCUACGUCCCCCUCGCACCUCUUCCCAGUGGCACAUUUACUGCGAUACACGUUGAGCGUCCCGUCCUGUCCACGUCUCUUCGGGGUCCGUCAGCCUUCCAGAUCCAAUUGUCUCCUGGUAGUUGCUGUUCAGCAAUUUUUAAUGGCUUCAACUUUGUACUGGUAUGUUGUAUUUAUAAACUUUGUACACAAGGCUGAAUGCAGCACCUCUUUUACAAGCUCAGGCUCGCUGGAUGAACCUGCGUGUUUGACCAACCAUAAGGCGGUAAAGUCCUGCUAGCAACAGUCUCGCUGCUGCUGAAACUCCCUUUGGGGGUGAGGCUUUGUGACGUGAAUCCUGCUUUAGACUAGAGUGUUGAGGCUUGUGUUGAAUGUCACUGCUGAAUUUCAGGGAACAUGGCUGAAUAAAGAGCUGUUCUUACAA